GAUGAGACGUUUGACUUCGGUCCACGUGGCGACCUCGCAUACGACGCCGUCGGUCCGCUCCUCCUCAACGUCGGCUGCUUCCCGGACGCUUCCUCUGCGCGCGCCUUCUUCCAAACCCUAGCCGCCAGGUUCGGCGACGCCCAUGCCGCAGCCUCGGCGGAGAACGUGCGGAGCCUGGGCGCGCCGAUGCGCAUGGGGGAGGGGAUGGCGGAGCAGGCGCUUCUGGGGGAGGGGAAGACGGGGGUGAUCCAGGCGGUGGCGGCGGAGGGGGAGGAGGAGUCCAUGUACUUCGUGACGGAGCGCGAUCUGCGCAAGCUCGAGCGCAACAAGCGCAAGGACGAGCGCCAGCGCAUGGUGGGUCUCAGGAUUUCGCUGAGGGGGGAGGGGGGGAGGGGGGGAAGGGGGAUGGGGGAAGGGGGGAGGGGAGGAAGGGGUGUUGGCAAUAUGCCCUUUCUCUCCUUUGCAGCAGGCACAUCGCCUUUGCAGAAUGCAUGCAUGCAAGGCGAGGCGCAUGUUCGGCUAACUGACGACGUGUACGAGGCGCACGUGAAGGAUGCAUACGAGGCGCACGUGAAGGAGAGCGAGGCGAUUCUAUCGUCCAUGCCGCUGGUGACGGUGUCGCACGGGGGCGAUGGCACAGAGGGCGGGGCGAAGGACAUCCAUCUGAGCAACUUCACCGUCACCGUGGCGGGGAAAGACCUCAUCAGCGACGCUUCCAUUACUCUGGCUUUUGGGCGAAGAUAUGGCUUUCAUCGACAACGAUCGUGUUCUCUCCCCCACAACCUGCCCCUUCUUCGCCCUUAUCCCCCUCCCUCACUACGUUCCUCCCACCCUCUGCGCGCUCCCUUCAACUGCCUUACUCCUCCUCUGAACUUCUCCCCUCUUUGCCCCGCCUUCCCUUUCCUGCCCAACACUGCGCCCCUCUCCCCCUCUGUGCUCGUCACUUCACUCCCGCCCCUCUCUGCAUUGCAGGCGCUGGAGAGAAUCGGCACUGUGGAUUCCGUGGUGGCAGACCCUGAGUACCGAUUUGAGUUCCCCACACCUGAAGACCGGCCGCAGGCGCCCAUCAUCAGCUUCACCGACGUCAACUUCGGCUACCCCGGCGGGCCGUUGCUCUUCAAGAAUCUCAACUUCGGCAUUGACCUAGACAGCAGACUCGCCAUCGUGGGCCCCAACGGCAUAGGCAAGACCACGCUGCUGAAGCUCAUCUCAGGCGAGCUCAAGCCCACCUCAGGCACUGCCUUCCGCUCCCCCAAGGUGCGCAUGGCAGUGUUCGCGCAGCACCACGUGGACGGGCUGGAACUUUCCAAGUCGCCUCUGCUCUACAUGGCGCACUCCUUCCCGGGAGUACCGGAGCAGAAGCUGAGGGCGCAUCUGGGCUCCUUUGGCCUGGGAGGCAACCUGGCGCUGCAGCCCAUGUACACACUCUCAGGAGGGCAGAAGAGCAGAGUGUCAUUCGCUAAGAUCACGUUCCACAAGCCACACAUUCUGCUGCUCGACGAGCCCUCCAACCAUCUGGACAUCGAUGCAGUGGAGGCGUUGAUUCAGGGCCUUGCUCUCUUCCAAGGCGGUGUUCUCAUGGUGAGUCACGAUGAGCAUCUGAUCAGUGGCGGUGUGGACCAGCUGUGGGCGGUGGACAAGGGAGUGGCCAAGCCCUUCUCCGGCACCUUCAAGGAGUACAAGCGCUCCAUCAAACACUGA